UCGUUGCGUGCAAACGUCAAGAAACGCAGAAGAAAAGGAUACGCCAGAAGUGGUCGCCUGCUAGCGCGCUUGCCGCAGCACGACGCGCUCUGCUGACAGCGUCUGCGCAACUGCGAAUCGAUCGGCGAGUGAAGGAAAUUCACCGCCCCCCCCCCCCCUCUUCCUCUUGUUUUGACCUCAUCGGAAACGCGUCAUCACAUGGCGAUUCCAAACCAGCUUUCAACGGCUGGAUCGGCCCAGUCCAUCAACUCGAGAAAACUGGAAUCCUGACAGGGAGGCCUGGAAAAAUCCUCCGUUGCAAAAGCCCAGCCAUGCGGGACUUCGUGGGCCUCAAGACGGCGGCAGGGAGGGACGACGCUGGCCGCUUCCUGUCUUCACGCGAGUGCGGCGCCCCAGCCAAGGGGCCGCGAGUCGUGCAGCAGCCGCGCCGCGAUUGCUCGGUGUUCGCCUCGCGCGGCCAGGCGCUCACCAUGGAGCAGCUGAGGGGCGGCGAGAACGAGCAGGGCGACUGCGGACGCUCGGCCAGCGACCGACCCGAGUGGUUCGACGCGCACAAGUUCCACAGGGCCAAGGAGAUCUUCAGGGAGCACUUGUUCAGUUUCUUCUUCGCGCACUUGGUGGGCCUCGCCAUGGUGGUGACGAAGCCGUCCAUCCUGGAGCCCCUGGCCAGCACGGGCCGCUCCUCGACGCUGUCCUCCCUGUACCGGCGGUACCUGAGCACCCUGCGGCACGUCAAGUGCUGGUACGAAGGGGACAUCUGGGGCCCGGACGACGCCGCGGCGCUCAGCAUCGCCAAGGUGCGCCAGAUGCACCGCGACGCCAGCGCUCAGCUGCGCAACAGGCGCUGCCCGGUCACCGGCGCCACCUACCUCUCCCAGCUGGACAUGGCGGUGACGCAGUUCGCCUUCGUCGGCCUCGUGGUGCUCUACCCGCGCCAGCUGGGGCUCUUCCUGAGCGAGCGCGACCUCGAGUGCGUCCUCCACUUCUGGAGGUGCGUCGGCUACAAGCUCGGCAUGGCGGACUCGUACAACCUGUGCUCGGGCAGCUACCGCGAGACCUUCGACGUGUGCCUCGACAUGCAGGAGAAGCUCAUCAAGCCGGGGCUCGUCAACGCGUCCCGAGAGGCCUCGGCCAUGAGCAAGGACAUCAUCAGCGCCGUCCGCGUGCUGGUCAUCUUCCUUAGCUACGAAGGCAUGAUGGCCUACUGGGCGAGGCAGGUCGGAUUGGAGUUCAACGCGGCGCUCAGUCUGUACGACUGGUGGAGCUACUGCCUCAUCUGGCUCACCUUCAACCUGCUGCUGCGCUACAGGACGUUCAGGAACAUGUUCAACUGGCUGCUCAGGGUGGCCAUCCGGCGCGGAACAAAGUGGGGCGGGUACCUACAGAAGCAGCUCGAGGCGCAGGAACUGCACGCCAAGGGCAUGCACCUGAGUUACGCGUACAGGUACCACUGAACGAGAGCUAUGUGCUGGAUGAUUUAGACCUCCCGAGAUCCUUGGAAAUGUCACAAGGAACGGCUUUGAAAUCAAACAGCUGCAUUCCGUCCUCGAAGGCAUCUUCACUUGCUCUAAGCUUUGCUAAACACUGAUGACGAAUGCGCGCCAAGAGUAUACAUCUAAGCCACACCUUCGCAUAGAAGGACAGCGUUAGAUGAUCUAUAGUAGACUCUCGGUAAACAAAAGGAAGCAUUAGUUAAAGACGCACAGCAAUGGGAUGGAGUAGUCCGAGUAGUCCGGUGAAAACGUUCUGAAGAGAGAACUCGGCCUAGUCAAGGAAACAAAAAUCGCGCUCUGAAAAUUCAUUCAGUGAAAUCUAUAGAUGAAGAAAAAGUCUGAAAACUCGUAACAGUGACAGCGUGCAUUAGGAGGGCGAGUGCCCAAGUGAUGAAAGCGACACCAGAAAACAAAGCGCAACGGCUAUUUCCAAACGUUGUCGCCACUGCGUUGCCUUCGCAACAAAACGUUGUCACUCAAACUAAUUAGGCCAUCUUCGUGUAGAUGUGUUCGUGGCACAAGGGGAUUUCCGAAGACCGAUAGCCACAGUUCUCUGGGUAUGUCUGAGAGGAAGGCGUGGUGAUCUUGAAGAAAGCUUCUGUGUAUGAUGUGAAGAGUUGUGUCGGUACGAGUUCGACGUUCUCAUCUCCUUACCGAACAGCUUCCUUAACUUCGUCACCAAUUUUAUGAUUCUGCAAAGCAGAGCGCAGUAAUGACGAAUCGAUUCACCGGAUGAUGAGAUGCGGCAACCAAGAGUUUCCACCUGCUUGGAAAGCGAGACUACAAAGCUUUUCGUGACAAAGCAGGUGCAUUAAGUUUGUAAAUCCAGGUUCGACUUCUCGAAGCUGAAAACUCAGUAAAUUUCACCAGCCGAAGACUGUGUUCUACUGCAGAAGUAAGAUAUGAACGAAGUUGAAAUGCCUCAGAAAGAAGAGCUGGCGUUUUUAUCGGUGGACCUACGGGGCCUCACGAGACGGCCUUUGGAUACUUGAUGUGUCAGUGAUGUCGUGAUAACACUUGAUGAGGCGUUGUGAAUGCAGAAGCGAUUUUGUGAACUACUUUCUUAAUACCACGCGCUUUCAAUGGUUGUACUGUCUGCAAAGUCUGUAACGGCUGUGCCUUGAAGAACGAAUGUGUUGUGCCCUUGCGACGUAGGCUUCUCGCCAAACAGGACAAGCUGCACGUCUUGAAGCAGCCUAUGGACACCAGAGAUACGACCAACUGUCUUUAAUUAGUUACCAGAGGCACCGUUCACUUUCCCACUCUUUGGUUAAAGUGUCUUGAGAGGUGAGAAACAGCAGUGGCAGAUCUGAGCCUCGUGAUCGCCGUGUAGGCUUGGGCUAAAAAGUACAUAUAUACCAAGAAACUGUGCAUGUUAUGACAUUGGGUGGUUUUCCGGUCUGCCUGAGCGUAUAAUCUGUGGCGUUCCAAACAACUGGAACAAGCGCUUGCUGACGGGGGCGAGACACCACUUUCUUUAUAGAAUUUUUUUCGUUCAAAUCUAAUGCUAGCAGCAAAUCAUAAUUAAUCGGCUGAUGGACAACGAUUAGCACGAUGUUCUUCAAGAUGGUUUUUGUGUGUUCAGCUACGCAACUUGAUAUGAUCCAAGUAGCGUGGCAUCAGAAGACAGGUGCUGAAGUCCUAUCGUGCUCACAAAGUUAGUUAUGGCGAUACCCUGCGCGACGCCAAAAAUACGCUGGUGAUGCUUGACCGCAUGCGGCGGUCUCUAUUUUCAGAGAACUGCGUUCAAUCAAAAGAGAGGGCUUGAAAUUAAAAAGUUUAGAACCUUAUUUGAAGUCUGAAAUUGUACUCCCUGUUUGGAAAGGUAUUUCGGUCACUGCUGCAAUAACAGCGGCAGCACACUGGAAUUGCGGUGGCUAAAAAGUACAUAUAUACCAACGUUCUUACCUGAUGUUGGCGCAGCGCACACCAUCCGGCCAAGGAUUGACAUUAAGAGUGCUGUGCGGAGCAUAUUUGGACGCCGUUAAUCAAACGCUGAACAUCUGCGGUGCUUCACUUGACGCUCGAAUUUCGCCAUCUUGGCGAAUUCGCUUCGUCCUUCAUUGCAUAUUGACGCAAUGCCCAAGAGGAGAUGCUCAGACGGAGCAACAGGCUAACACCUCUUGAAGCAACACUAUAGCGCGCGCCACAUCAAACAGGGUUGCCAACUUGAAAGGGUUGGUAACUUGGCUUAUUUCGAGCAGCACUGAGUUUCGUGCAGGUCUUUUCCGCAGUUUGAAACGGCCCACAUACCCCGUGCCAUAAUUCUAUAAGAUCCUAUGGAUUUAUAUGAGAACAUACAGGUUUUCAUACAGGAUCCUAUAGGGUCAUAUAGGAUUAUGGAUGCAAAGCAUAUGGGGCAUACGGGAUUUUUAGCGCAGAGAGUAGCCACAGCUGUCGAAGCUCAGCUAACACAAAGAGGGUUACCGUCUAUCGGGCUGCUAUAAUUUGGCGUUCCAAACAGCCCGAGAUGCUGUGCCCCCCAAUGCUCGAUCAUUGACUGAAAGCAGUGCCCUAGGUAGUCCCAAGAAGUCUGGGAUGACAAAUCUAAGAGGCACAUAAAAAGAGAGGAAGGUUACCCAUAGGUAGUUUUUGAUGGCUACCCUGCACGAAGCGGGGAUAUGGGAAUGCACAAAGAACGUAAAGCGUGCAAAAGCGGCACAGCACCGUCAAGCCAAAUAAGGGCUUUUUGGAUGUGUCACCAACAUUAUGUAUGACAUGUAAUGUUCUAAUAAAAAAAUUCAGAGCCCUUCCAUUAUGUGAAGAUAGAUGACCAGCGAAGCUGUUGGUUUUUGUUUAAAUAUAUUUAUUUUUUAUGAUUUGGUGGUUAUGUUGAAUGUUUCAAAAUCAGAACACAUAAUUUUGUUCUUUACUUUAGUCUUGUUUUUUACUUCCAUUCACUUGGUCACCAUAUUGAUCAUUGCCUUAUGGUCGCUAUGGUAAACUGCAAUUGGUUGCACAUUGAUUCCAGAUACACUCUUGCUAAAUGUGAGAUCAAUACACGACCUGCUGCGUGUUGUUGCUGGCACAUGCACUUCAUUGCAACCCUUUAAGCCGAAACGUUCCAACAUGAACGAUGAGUUCAACCUUCCGUCAGGUCUGCUGAUGUCAACGUUAAAGUCCCCCCACGACGACGAUGGAUGUGUUAUUGUCGAUAGACACCCAACCGAACACGUCAGUCAGAAAAACUUCGAUCUCUCCCUUUGAGGUUGGGAGAGGGAUGUAUACCGCAGCAACUACUGUGCCAUCUUCUAGCCUCACGGCGCAAACGUCCGCACAACCCGAGACGGUGGCAUCAUUUACGACUGGCACAUCGUACGGGGUGGCACUCAUGCAGUCGGUCUUUGCAUAGAUGGCGACUCCACCCGUCCUGGAUUCGACGCCCUUGUUGCACGUCAAUCCCGUGCGUCCAUUCAUUGAUAAGGGUAGUUCAAGCGCGCGCCACAGGUACCCGAGCCCACAGGGGUAUGUGCCAUAGAGCUUGGACCCUUUCUGCACUAUCACCAGGAUCGGCCCACACGGUUAUUUGUUUUUGUCAACGUCUCGGACGCAAUUUUUUCCAGAUCCUAGCCAAAUACAGCGUCGCUGUAAGAUUUCAUUUGGUUUGAUUUGAUUUGACAUCCCACACACAUCGUUCUAACGUAUGAGGAGCCGCUAACGUGGCCCCUGAAAGAGCUGACUUAAAAAUUAUUGUUUGUUACAUUCCGCACGGUAACUUAUAUUCCGAUGAAAAUUUUUUUUACCUGCCAAUGAUCCGCUUAUAUUCUCCUCAUUGUUACUAUCUAACCGUUUUGUGAGAAGGUAAUAAGAAUGGUCAGAUAAUCGAAAGCACGUCAUCACUUGAUAGUUUGUUAGUGCUGGCUGAGUUCAGCAAAGCAGAUGCACUGACAAUUUCUCUGUACACAGACGAUUUCGUGACAAAAUGCAUCAGUGCAGUGCGACAAUUGCAACUUCUAUGAAUGAAAAGGACAAAACGGUGCCUGAAAGUAUAAUUAAAGAAGCUAGAUUUGCUUCCAAGUGGCACUUCUAUCUAAACACAGCUUUAUAAAUGCGCACUAUUUACGCAUCACUGCCGCAUUAUGUAAUUGACACGGAUGUGCGGAUGCACGCAUGCGUGCUGUCUGGCGCCAGAAAGCAAACGAAGUACUUUGCGACAAUAACAACACUACAACCACUUGUGCUCAUAAAUCA